AUGGAAGAUGAAGCAUCAACCAUGAUUAAUUCAAGUGCCCUUAAAAAUAAUAACAGCGUUGCUGUGCCGGGAGAAACGUCGGGUUCAAACGACACCAAUUUUGAACUUCGCCCAACUAAGCGUUUGAGGCAUGACAAUGAUGUCUCACUUGCAAAAUUCAAAGGAGUGGUGCCACAACAAAAUGGUCAUUGGGGUGCACAGAUAUACGCAAACCACCAAAGAAUUUGGCUUGGCACGUUCAAAUCAGAGAACGAAGCGGCCAUGGCUUACGAUAGUGCUGCAAUCAAGCUUCGAAAAGGUAACGAGUCCCAUAGAAAUUUCCCGUGGACCAACCUGACCAUUCAAGAGCCUGAUUUCCAAAACCAUCUCACCACAGAAGAAGUAAUUAAAAUGAUUAGGGACGGUUCGUAUCCAUCCAAAUUUGGUGCCUUCGUUAGGUCACAAACACAGUCUCAGAGUGAGGAAGUUGGAAAGGGUACUCCCAGCCAAAUUACGGUACAUGGGAAUGGACAAGUACUGUGUAGGCAACUAUUUCAAAAGGAAUUGACACCAAGCGAUGUGGGUAAGCUUAAUAGGCUUGUGAUACCGAAGAAAUAUGCUGUUAAGUAUUUUCCUUGUAUUUGUGAGACUGUGGAAGAAAAUGGGGUUGACGAUGUUGAGCUAGUUUUCUAUGACAAGGUCAUGAGGGCAUGGAAAUUUAGGUAUUGCUAUUGGAAGAGUAGUCAAAGUUUUGUCUUCACAAGGGGUUGGAAUCGGUUUGUGAAGGAAAACAUCUUAAAGGCAAAUGAUGUGAUCACAUUCUAUACAUGUGAGAGUGCUGAGUUAAUAAGAGAUGAAAGUGGAGAAGUUACUACUACAUUUUCCUUAAUUGAUGUAAUGCAUAGUGAGGCAGAAAACAACAAAUGUUUAGUUGAGAAGGAGGGGAAACUGGAACUAAAUCUGAGCGGAAAUAGCAGCUACAAAUUGCAAGAAGGUGAAUGUAAACAUGGUGAAGAAAAUAAGGCAUCCAUGGUGGAGGAAAAAGGAGUUAGGCUCUUUGGUGUGAAUAUUAAUUAA